CUCAUCCAUCAGACCAAGUCACUAUCCGGUGCCCAGAACUCGUGCUCAAAAUAACUCCAACGACUGCCGCUUAAAUUGUGACCUGCUCCAACAACAUCUCCAUCGACGUCCUCCCAACUACCUCCACUACACCGAGCUAUCCACCCUCUCGACUUCACCAACGUCACACCGCUCAAUCACCAAAGACCAACAACAACACCUACAAACCACCAACAAUGUCCUCCACAAUGCAAAACAUCCGCGCCAAAAUCCGCCGCAAGCUCUCCAUCCGCGAGGAUCCCAACCCAAACCUCGACGACAACUACGAAGCCGACGAUAUCGACGAAGAAACGACCGGCCACCUGCACCGCGAAAUCGAAAAAGCCGAAGCCGAAGGCCACCCUUACGGCCGUCCCGGCAGCUUCCUCAACAAGCUGAUCAUGCACGGCAACUCCAAGACGGAGAGGGAGAUUCAGGAGGCGUUGGCGAAGGAUCAGGCGGCUGAGGCGGCGGCUAAGACGGCGAUUGAGAGGGAUGCUAGUGCGAAGCGUUAGGUGUGGGGAGAGAGAGCAUGGUAUAGAAGAGAGGAUGGAUAGGAUGGACGGGACUGAGGACACUCUUUGGAAGGUUAUGGGUGGAGGGAAAGGAAAAGGAUGGGU